AUGUCAAGCAGCGCGCCUCCUCCCGCCUCCGCGCCGGAGCCCGCGGCCGAGCCGCCGGUGGCCGCUGAGGGCGCGCAACUGUAUCUGAAGGUGCGAACACUAGACCAGAAGACGUACCCGAUCACCAUCCGUGCUGCCGCGUCGGUGCCGCAGCUCAAGGAGCUUGUAGCCGUCGAAACGGGCGUCACGCUGGCCCGCCAGCGCCUCAUCUACCGCGGCCGAGUGCUAAAGAACGACCAGAUGCUUGCCGCCUACUCGCUGGAGGACGGCCACGUGCUGCACUUGGUC